GACAGACUGAGCGCUCCACGCUGCCACCAUGCCCAAGUGCCCUCGCUGCCAGAAGGAUGUCUACUUCGCUGAAAAAGUGACCUCGCUGGGUAAAGACUGGCAUCAGCCACACCUGAAGUGUGAAAAAUGUAACAAGACCCUGACUUCAGGUGGCCACGCAGAGCAUGAUGGGAAGCCUUAUUGCAACCACCCCUGCUACGCUGCAUUGUUCGAACCCAAAGCAUUUGGCCGUAGAGGUGCUGAAAGCCACACAUUCAAAUAACACUCAGGGCUGGAAGGAUGGGAUUUGCUAUGGAUCCUGGCAGCUUCAAAAACAACAUAGCCAUAAUGCAUUUCCCCUCUGGUAGUGAGCUAGCAUAUUUUAAAGGCUUUCCAAAGAGAUGUAAUUCUAAAUGGCUGGGAGAUUUCCUGUUCUUUAUCAGUUGAAAAA